GUUCUUGACGUCGGUCAAUUCAUCGAAAACUUGGCGCAUGUUCUGUCUAAAACUUGAAGCCACCUGCCGCUCCACUGUCCCGAUUAGGUGUUAAGAAAUGGAGGGCCAUGCAUCCAUGCAAAGUGAAGAAUGGCGGAAGAAACCUGUCCACUUCAUUUCUUUUGUGGCAGCGACCCUUCAAUGCCCUCCUUUCUCCUAUAGAACAUACCUCUGCAAAUUUCAACAAACACUGCUCAUCACUUGACACUUAACCACAAUAUCAUCAUCAUCAUGGCGAGAUCCAGCCCUUCACUUCUCUGCCCCUCACUCUGCCUUUUCGCACUCCUCUUCCACGCUUCUCAGGCUAGGCAGCAAUGGCAGCAGGGGAACGAGUGCCAGCUCGACCGGAUCAACGCGAUCGAGCCCGACAACCGCAUCCAGAGCGAGGCCGAUACGAUCGAGACUUGGAACCCAAGCCACCAGCAGUUCCAGUGCGCUGGAGUUGCCAUUGUGAGGCGCACGAUCGAGCCCAACGGCCUUCUCUUGCCUUCUUACAGCAACACUCCUCAGCUCAUCUACAUCGACGAGAAGCGAAAGAGGCGCCAACGCCAAGGAGGCUCCUCCAGCUGCAACAAUCUCUUCUGCGGACUGGACUCCAGCUUCAUCGCCGAGGCUUUCAACAUCGACGAGAGCUUGGCCAGGAAGUUGCAGGGCGAGAAUGACAACAGAGGCAGCAUAGUCCGAGUUGAAGGCCAGCUGGAGUUUGCGAGGCCUCCGAAAAGGAUUCAGGAGGAGAGACAGCAGCAGGGUGGCCGUGGGCUUGCCAAUGGCCUGGAAGAGACCUUCUGCUCCAUGAGGAUGAAGGAGAACAUCGGGGAUCCCUCACGAGCCGACAUCUUCGCCCCUGAAGCCGGCCGUAUCACCACCGUCAACAGCCACAACCUCCCCGUCCUCCGAUGGAUCCAGCUCAGCGCUGAGAGGGGUGUUCUUUACAACGAAGCCAUGAGGCUGCCGCACUGGAACCUGAACGCCAACAGCAUAAUCUACGGCAUCAGAGGGCAGGCCAGAGUCCAGAUUGUGAACGAGAACGGCAACUCGGUGUUCGAUGGCGAGCUGCGCGAGGGACAGGUGCUGACGGUGCCCCAGAACUUCGCGGUGGCGAAACGCUGCGAGAGCGACAGAUUCGAGUGGGUAUCUUUCAAGACCAACGACAACGCCAUGGUCAACUCGAUCGCCGGAAGAACCUCCGCCAUCAGGGCUAUACCGGCUGACGUUUUGGCCAACGCGUGGAGGGUAUCGCCGGAGGAGGCCAGGAAGUUGAAGUUCAACCGCCAGGAGACUCACUUGGCCAGCUCAAGGUCUCAGUCCUUCAGAGCUGCAGCAGCUUAGUGGCUAAAAUGAGUUAUGCAGCUUAUAGAUGCCAACUGCUGACUUUCUGAGUUUGUUUUUUACAGGCAGCAAGGUGUGGAGAGUGGGAAGUAGCCCCUAACCACAGUAAGAAUAAUGUAAUAAAGUAAAU